CCAAACAGGUAAAGCUGCGCCUUCUUUUUACCAAAAGGCAAACAUGAUGGCGUGGGCUUAACAACUCAACCAAACUGACAGGAUUUACACAAUUUCUCACAAGGACUGACAGCCACAGCUCCAACUUUUACAGAUAUAUAUAUAUAUAUAUAGAGAAAGCUUCUUAUUUAUUUAUUUUUUUUGCUCUGGAAAGGACUUUGGGAAGGAUUUGACUCUCAACAAAACAUCACCAAGGAUGAUCCAGCAGCACGAGGCAUGAGUGCGUCUCAGUGCUUCAUGCCUGCCUGUCAUUUAGGAUCAUAUUACCUGGACUGAUGAGCUUUUUUCCGGCGCUGAAAUUCUCCCAAGUUGUGCACAGUUAACAGUAACUCCAAGGGAGGAGGAUGACAUCUCUGCUGAACAGACUCUCUCUGUGUCUCUGUGUCCUCAGGAUCUUUGUGCUACAUGGAGAGUUUGUGGAGCCCUCUCCAAACCAGGCCUUACGCUCUUUGGCGGAGAAAGAGACCAUCCUGCCAUGUCGCUACGUGCCAACAAGUGAGGGCGUUGUGGUGGUGCAGGUCACCUGGUACAAGAAGAAACCAGACAACACCAGAGAACAGAUCAUCCUCGCACACCACGUAGAUGGAUAUACAGCGUUUGGAACGUGGUCCCAACGUGUGCGCUUUCAAAGCAGCGAGCCCACCCUGGAUUCGUCGCUGGUCAUCAUGAACACAGAGGUCUCCGAUGAGGGGAAGUACAUCUGCCACGUCAACGUCUUUCCUACUGGGAACUUUGACAGAGAGAUGUCGCUCACCGUGUGGACCGUUCCCAUUUCCUCCCUGGACCCUGUGGUUCUGGUGGAGGGAGAGUCCUACCGGCAGGCCGCUUACUGUCGCUCCAUAGCCCACCCUCCUCCCCGGCUGACCUGGGACACCGACCUGAACGGCCAGUCCCUCAACCGCUCCCUCGACAACGGGGCGGUCUCCUCGCACUACUCCCUGCACCCGCUGAGGAACAUGAACGGCAAGAAGCUGGACUGUCUGGUGUGGCAUCCGGCUUUCCAGACGCCCCGCAGAAUCCGAAACAACCUGGUGGUGCACUUCCCUCCGCAUGCAGAGGUGUCUGGCUACAAUAAAGACUGGUUCGUGGGUUUGGAGAAUGCUGCCCUGAGGUGCGUGAGUGGAGGAAACCCCAAACCACACAGUUUCACCUGGAUCAGAAUGGAAGGAGAGAUGCCGAAAGAUGCCAUCCCCCACCCCAACGGAACGCUGAUUUUCAGGCGACCACUAAACUCGUCAGACGGUGGCACCUACCAAUGUGUGGCGACGAAUGAAGUGGGAGUAGGGAAGGCAGAGGUGGAGAUUCUCGUGACAGGGCCGCGCGACGACGGGAAAGGACUGGAGAACAUGCUGAUGAUCAUCGUGGGGGGUGUGGCUGGUGGGCUGCUGAUCCUGAUGCUCGCCAUCAUCAUCGGCGUCACGUGCCACCACAAGCGCAAGAACAAGAAACUGCAGAGGGAGCUGUCUCAGAAGAAGGAGGAAAUCAGCACUCUCUCCAGGCAAGCAUCUUUCCGGAGAGUGAACUCUAUGAGCACAGAUGCCAGAGGAACGACGGAAGAAAACAUCCCUCUAAGGGUGGAGGGAACCCUGAGGACCAGCCUGUCUUCCCUCGGGGAGCAGACUCACUGCCGUGACAGCCGAUCAACUAUCUCAGGUGGGCGUGGAGGAGGUGGUGUAUCAGGGGCGUAUGACUACCUGGGCAGACCAGUCCUGUACAACAACUCCCGGAGAGGCAGAGAGAGGCUUCUGGAUAGAGAGGAGGAGAACCGACUCAGAGUGGAGACAUAUGUGAGAAACAGCAGUAUAUCGUUGCAGCAGGACACUCACUUCCACCCUCCUCUCACGCCAUCACCCUUCCCUAUGGUGCAGUCCACUGAGAUUGUAAGACAGCUGAAUGGCAGCACCAUUAUACCCUCAGAUGGGGGUUCACGACCAGGAAGUGUCGCCAAGACUCACCAGCACCCUCCUGUCAGCUGCACCUACCCGCCGGUUACGGAUGACGAGGACGAAGUGGACGAGGGUUUGGGCGGUCCGGCCAGUCAAGAGCAUCCCGAUGACCAGGACAGCGAGACCAACAGCUCUCAGAUGUCUGAGGCUCACAGCACACGCUACCAACAGACUAAUGGCACAGUGAGACCCUUCAUCCGGAAAACCCCCCCUCUGGUCAACCCUCACGCCUCCCUCAUCCACAAGGCCCAGAUAGUUUAGCUGCUGGCAGGAAAGUCCCACACAGAAACUAUAAAACUGGUCAGCUCUGGCUUUGGAGGUGGCUCACAUGUGGACACAAGCCCCGAAAAUCAGUUUGUGGUCAAGAAUGAAAUUUCUGCACCUUGACUUCAAUGCUGCAUCUUUUACAUUGACUACAACAGAGCAAAGCUUUGUGUAUACCGAUGUGCUCCACAGCAUCUGUUGGACAGUUCUGAUUUCAGCAUGCUGUUUGGGGGGGAUCAACAGUAUGUUUUGUGUUCCCCCACAUUACAAAAGACAAUAUUGCAGUUUUGUCCAGAACUGCUCAGAUGGCAUUUAACAUCAGACAAUAUUCCUUUCUUUGCUUUUUGGAAUGUAGCUGUUGCUCUACCCAGCUGUGGCUAACAGCUGAAAGUAGCUGAAUAGUCUUUGUCAGGGGAUUUCAAAAGCACUCGAGAACAUGUACAGUACAAAAUCAGGAAACGCUAGAGGAGUAAACACAACAGUGAGAAAGUGGGUGAAUGAAAACAGCAAGUUGCAACACCCCUGUGCUGUGGGUGAUGUUUUAGUGAUGUUAGGUGUAGGAGUAACUCUGCCCAUGUCAAGUUUCCUAACACAACCCAGUUUGGGAUCUGAUCCAAAUCGCUGGCUUGCUCGUCUAUGGCCACACCUGCAACGUGCAUACCUCCAUAUUGUCUUUCAGUCCUUUUGUCUUUCCAAAUUGAGACAGUUUGGAUCCGAUCCAAACUUCGUACAGUGAAACCAUUAUUAUGUCGUAAACAAGAUGUGUGUAUUUGU